UACACAGAAACGAAACCGCCGACUGUAUGGUUUUGGACAAAACUGUCGCUGUCUUUUUAUUGAAUUACUAGAAUAUGUUGUAGAGCAAAUCUUAUUUUGUGCAUGGUUGAUGUUCUGAAACGUAAUAGCAUUGGUUAAAACUGGUGAUGCCGAACAGAAAAGACGCACUUUGGGCAAAACAGCAGCAACGUCAUUAUUGUCGAGGACAGCACAUAGGGGUGGAGAACAGAGUGACGGAGUUUAAACUAGGACGAGGGAAGACACGGCAUGUGUCACGCAUGGUUGGGUUGUAUACGUGUGCCUUCCUGAAUACUGAAGGAGGAGACCUGUAUAUUGGGGUGGAUGACAAUGGUAUUGUUCAGGGGAUUACAUGCAACCAGAGGAGAGAAGAUCAGUUAAGGCAGAGUAUAGAUGGAAUCAUUAAGGGAAUGAAACCUGAAGUGUUUCCUGACAUGUAUCAGGUGGACUUUGUACCUGUUUAUAACCAAUCAGGGGCACAUGUGCUGCGUGAUAUCAAAGUGAUACUGGUGCAGGUUGUGCUGUCACAGUGCAGUCGGCUAUUUGAGUGCAAGGGGCAGGUGUACAUGAGAAGAGAGGGCAGCAUUCAGAGACUGGCACCACAUCAGAUACAGGCGUGGGUUGAAAGGAAAGUGAAAGAAGACUACAGAAACAACAGCUUAGGAACAGAAGAGGGCAGGAGGAUGGAUGGAGAUUCCUCAGUCAAAUUACAACAGGAUCAAGAUGAGAGUCUUCAUGAACAAGUUAUGAAACUGAAACAAAAGGAAGAAGAACAAGAAUCAUUGCACAGUGAUUCCAGUGAUGACCUUGAGGAGGAUGGGGAUUUAGGUCAUGAUUUCUCAAACUACAACACAGACCUAAGAUUGCUACCGAAAAUGAUGAAUUCAAUAGAUGAAAAACUUGUAGAAAUAGAAAGACGAUUGGAAGCUUUUCAGAAUAAUCAAAAAGGUUCAAAGGUAUGCAUAAUUUUAUGACAUCUGCUAAUAGGUAGUGGAUGUAAUAUUUAUCCAGGGCCUUUUUAUCAUCAAUGCUAAGCACUGAAAAUGGAAAAUAUCACCAGCAUAUGUAAUUGAAAUUGUCCAACCUGCCCCCCCCCCCCUUCCAUCAAGUCAUACAGAAUUGACUAUUUGUAACCCCUCAAAUUAAAAAGAGCCAUACCAUCUGUCACCACUCAAUAUGGGAAAAACUCAUCCCAUCUUUAAACUUUUAAAUCAAAUACUCACCCAACCUGUCAUCUCUCAAAAUAAAUAAAACUCAUACUACCU